AUGUGCUUCCAUCCGGAUUCCUCUAUGACACUGCCAUUAAUGUCAAUUUCUGAAAUUCAAGCAGUCAUUGAAGAGUGGAUAAACCAAUUAAAGGAGCUCGGACGGCGAUACACUUGGGUUCAGAUUUUUGAAAAUAAAGGGGCAAUAAUGGGUUGUUCUAAUCCUCAUCCUCACUGCCAAAUAUGGGCAUCUAGUUUUUUACCAAAUGAACCUAGAAUCAAAGAGAGAACUCAAAAAGAAUAUUUCACAAAAUAUGGAAAACCUCUCUUAGUGGAUUAUUUAAAAGAAGAGUUAGAUAAGAACGAGAGAAUAGUUCUGCAGAACUCUGAAUGGGUUGUACUGGUGCCAUAUUGGGCUACGUGGCCUUAUGAGACAAUGGUUUUACCAAAAAGAGGAUGUCCACAACGUCUGACUGAUCUAAGUGAAGACCAGAAAACUAUGUUAGCUGACAUUAUUAAGGGAUUGAACACAAAAUAUGACAACUUGUUUAAAUGCAGCUUUCCUUAUUGCAUGGGUUGGCAUGGUGCACCAACCGGCCCUACACAUAAACCGGGAGAUUCCCCGCAUUGGCUUCUCCAUGCUCUAUACCUACCGCCUCUACUUCGUUCAGCAACAGUCAAAAAAUUCAUGGUUGGCUACGAAAUGCUAGCACAACAACAAAGAGAUUUAACACCUGAGCAAGCAGCACAUAAACUCAGAGAGCUGGACCAUUUGGCUCACUACAAAAAUCAAAUUAAAUAA